AUGUUACUCGCAUUUUUCCUUCUCCUGAGCCUACCAACGGCCCUCGCGGCUCACAAAUCUCGUGAGUUUCUUUUUGAUUGCGAAAUCCAAUAUUCAGAAAAAGGUCGCGAAGCGGCAUUUUGGAAAAAAAAAUGUAUACAUAGUUUUUUUUUUGCGUCAUCUGUAGAGCGCAAUAUCACGGCUUUUUUGGUAGAGAGAGAAGAUGUGAAACCAAAAAUGAGGGGGACGGAGCGAAAACUCCGCAGAAAUUGCUUUGAACGCUGCAUUUGCGAGAGCGCCAAAGUGCAUGCACACAAUACACUACACUUUACGGAAAAAGGGCGUCGUCAAGAAAACGCCGUGACAUGUACUGCUGAACAGUUUUGCUAACAGCUCACGAAAAUUUGCAUACAGCUGACAUUUUCUUCAGCUAACUUUCCUUAGCUGGAUUUUCACAGCUCUUCUGACAUACACAUAUUUUUUCACAUCGAAGUUAUGAAAAACGAAAAAAACAAAAGCAUUUCCAGAUAGAUGUCCCGACAACUCUUGGAAGAUGUUUGCGCGUACAGGGGGCCGUUUUUGGUGUAUAAAAGUAUGUUUGAAUUGGAAAGAGAACGAAACUUGGAGAAGAUUCAAACUCGCUUUUUUUAAUAAAUGAUUUAGCUAGUAGGAACGCCUCAAAACGUUUUUCGCAACGGAAAAAGCGUCAAUUUUGAUGGCGUGAAGAAGCAGGGCUUUGUGCUCCUUAUUUUUAAGGUCUCUAACGUUUUUCACAGACAGAUGGUGAAAAAUGUGAAUCAAACGGAGUAAAAAGAUAUGUCAACUGAAAGUUUUUCGAAAAUUCGCUCAAUUUCUUUGAACUUUAAUUAGGUUUUCUGCUUCAAACUUUCUCGGAAGCUUCAUUUUUCACCCAACUGAUUUUAGUACAAUGAUGGGCGGCUCACCAGAGACGAUGCCGAGAAGGCUUGCCAAGCACAAGGAGGAACUUUGACUGGAUUCGAGAACGAGGAAGAAUUUGCCUACAUUCGAGGUAAAAUUGUUUCAAUCGUAUAGUCGAUUCUUCGCGACUCGAAAGGCAGUAUGGGUGAUUGACAAGAUUAAAAUGUUGCGUACGAGAUGCAGCUUUUUGGCGGGGAUUUCAGAUUAAAACGCGAGACACUUUUUUCUGUAUUCUAUUCAGACAGUUCUUCAAUAGUUUUCAACUUUUUAUAGUCAGUUUUUCCCGACUUGAAAGGCGAGUGAGGCGGGGCAGCGGGUGGGAGGCGUAGCGUGUGCGUACGCGGUUCUUGGCACGAGUUCAAUUCAACCGCCAGCGACUAUUUGGAGAGCUCGUUUAUUGCUCUUUUCAUUCCUUUUUCAAUUAUUUAUUGAUUAUUUUCCUUAGCCCAUCAAAAAGUAGUAGGAAAUAUAGAAAAAGAGCGGUUACCAAGCUUUUUGAAUAGUCGGUGGCGAUUGAAUUGAACUCGUGUCAAGAACCGCGUACGUACACGCUACGGGUCCCGCCCAUUGCCCCGCCUCCUUCGCCUUUCAAGUCGGGAAAAAUUGACUAUCCUUUCUUGGGCAGGAAAAUAACUUUUCUAGUUGCGUCAAAGUUUGUGAGAACAUAGUGAAAGACGGGUGAAACAAGAAAAAUUAGCUUUGAGAUGUACUUUGUGAAGUUUUUCAGAGUAGCGGAUUUUUCAAAAAUUAUUUGGCUUUUGGGCGUUUUUUGCGGAUCCCGUUUUUUGACUAUGUUUUGAAAUCUCGUUCAGUUCGAAAGGUUUCUUGUUUUCAGUAACGUUUAUCGGGCCAUAUCAUAUAUUCAUGUGAAGUUUCAAAGCAAUCGAAAUUGAUUGAAAAAGUUAAAGUGUGAUACGGCUUUUUUUUUCAUUUAUCAGAGUUUUUUCUCAAACGACCAGCUUUUUUUCAAAUUUCAGACACGGCAUUCGAAGCGUUCAAAAAGUUCAACCUGUCAGAUGGAGGAUCCUACUGGCUUGACGGCAUCCGGAGCCCCAACUGCCACAGAUACAACAACAACGGUUGCACUCGUUUGAAUGUCCAUAUCCAAGCUUCGUUUUCCAACAAAAAAUUGAGAAAUCUCAGGCCUUCCAAUGGUCCAACAACCUCACCCAAGGAACAUUCGCGUUCACAAAAUGGUAUGCCACCGAGCCGAACAAUAGUCCUGAUUAGUGAGUUUAUUUCGAGCCCAGCUAUUUUAACCUUAAUUUUUCGUGGCGGAGAAGAAAACUGCGUUGAAGGCACUCUCGUUUACAAUCUCCCAGACCUUCUCGGAUACAUUGGCGACUUUUCGUGAGCUUCUCAAUAACAUUACUAUUUCAAGCUCUGUGUUUUCAGAUGCUCUCUGAUAGACGUACGAGUCGGCCUGAGCCCAGUUGCCUCAAUAUACGGAUACUUCUGUGGAGCAUCCGGAAAAAUCGGUAGCAAAAAUGAUGAUGAAGAUUGUGAGUUGAUAAUUAGAUCAUUUUUUCGAAAGAAUAUCUUCCAGGUUCUUCGGAAGAGGACAGCCGUGGACGGAAUCGCUCCCGAGGACGCCGUUUAUAAUUUAUUGAAAACAGAUUUCGAAAAAAAAAUUUCAGGCUCAUCGAGGGGAAGAGAUAAUCAUCAUUCUUCUGAAGCGCGAAGAAGACCUCGUCAUCAUUCUUCUGAAGAGAGGAGAAGACCUCGUCAUGAUUCUUCUAGAGAGAAAAAACGACAUCCCACUCCUGAGGAAAUCAAAGCACGUUCUUGAGGAAAGAAAAAGUGGAGAAACCCUAACCUGUUGUCCAGCCACCAAAGAUGAAGUCUUUUUGUUUCUAUGUUCCGUAAACAUCGAAAAACGAUACUUGCGCCGUGUCGCUCUGAUGUUGCUUGCCACAGCGCGGCAAGAUCUCUUGUCGCGAUCUAGCGCCAACUUUCUCGCCGUAUCGCGGUUUAUCUUGUUUCAACGAUUUCAACGAUGGCCCAUAUUGGAUAGAAUAUCGUAAGAAUGAAGACUAUUUCUUUCUCUCAAGGAGCUUGAAGUUUUCGAAAACCAGUGGUGACUUAUUUCUUUGUUCCUCUCCUUUCUCGGUGAGCGAGAGUCUCGGAUUUACAUGCGUUAUUCAUGUUUUUUUGACCACGUAGUUAAGCGAAAAAAAAAGGCGCAGGGAAGUCGGGCGGUUCAAGCCCUUUGGAAGUGGCUAUAAACAUUGUUUCGGCUUUUAAUGACCGAAAUAAUUUUUAUCGUUUUGAAAUAAAAAAUUUUUUCAAAUAAAGAAGCCUUUUUUUAAUCUUUUUUUUCUGUAUCAAUAAAAGAGAAAUCUUCUGCAAUGAUCCAUUGAUGUUGGUCGCAUUUUUCCUUCUCCUGAGCCUACCAACGGCCCUCGCGGAUCCCGAUUCUCGUGAGUUUCUUUUUAGUGGCGAAACCCAAAGUUGAGAUGCAAAACGGUCCCGAAGCGGCUUUUUUUUAAAAGAAUUUUAACUCUCGCUCUUCUCCUUAAAAAUCGACCGUAACGUAAUAUAAUUCCGUGGUGUACUGCUGAACAAUUUUUCUAACCGGCUGGCAAAUGAUUUGCAAAUCUUUUGCAGCUUGUGUAUCGCUGGCUUUUUCUUCAGCUGACUUUCCUUACAAGGGAAGCGCAAAAGGACACAGUUUGAGAAUUGGAUGAAAAUUUGCUGAAAUAUAUUUCCAGGUAUCCUGAAACGAGAACAAGAAAAAAAUCGUACGCCUUUUGCCUUUUAGCAGAGUUAUGGCCUUCAAGUUUUGCACUCAAGAAAUGGCUUCGCACGUCAGGGCUCAAAUCUCUUUUUUUUAGAAAUUUUUUGCGAAUUUUAAACGGAGGUCAACUGAUGCGAGAAAAAAGGACGGUUCCAACUGUCUAUACCGUCUCUUCAAACUGCGUGCAAACUUUGAGGGCCAUAACUCCGCUAUAAGGCAAGUGGCUCAAAAUUUUUUUCUUGUCCUCGAUUCAGGAACCUGGAGGCACAUCUCAGCAAAGUUUCAUCAAAUUCUCAAAAUGUGUCAUUUUGCACUUGUUUUGUUAGCUUGAUUUUCACAGCUUUUUCAAUGUAUAGUACCGCCAAGAAAAAAAAUCAACCCUUAGGUUUUUGCCCUAACUGUCUAUAAAGUUAGGGAAUCUCAACGAAACUUGGAUAUUUUAUGAUCUCUGGUAUAUCAAACUGUCCAACAGAUUUUCAGACUCUCAAAAAAUAUAACACAAAAAAAACUAAUCUUUAUUGAAUUUUCGAAAAAUUGCUGUUGAUGAAGUCGAUGCAAGCCUGAUCGACUUUCUUUCAUUCUUUUUCAAGUUGCAAAAUUGUUCAGCCACAUUCGGUGUUUUUUUGUUUGCCAGCCGUCUCUACAGUUCUUCGUACUUGUUUUCGAUGAUGUUGAUUUUGGCUUGGCCAGUCGAGACGACGAACUUUUCCGCAGUCGAACCAGUUGCAGACGUCCUUGGAUUUAUGUUUAGGGUCGUUAUAGUCCUGGAAAAUGAAAGCCCGCCUAUGAACUCGACGUGCAAAUAGAAGCAUUUUCUUCUUAAGGUUCUCUUUGUUAAUAUUCCGAUGCAUGAUGCCCACGAUCCUGUGCAGUAGACCCAUCCCAAGAGCGGAGAAACAGCCUCAUUUCAUGCACGAUCCUCCACCAGGCUUCAUCGUCGGAAGUCGAUAUUCUUAAUGGAAUCUUCUGUUGAGAGGACGUCGAGUUCCUGUUAUUCCAUCAGUGUCAAACAAUAAAAACGUGCUCUCAUUACUCCAAAUAAUUUUUUCCCAUUGUCCACCCGAGAUGAUCUUCCGCCAAUUUUACUCUUGCUUUCUUAUUCUUGUCGGAAAUGAAUAAUUUCUCGACGCGUUGACGAUAAAAACAAAGUCUGGCGGACGUAAUUUCAUAAGAGAGAAAUUUUCCGCGCAGUGAGUUCUGGUUUGCUUCUGGAAGUGUGCAAAAUAUUUCUGUCCGUCAGAAAAUCCGUACCUCAAGGUCGAUCAGGGCUUUUUAGCUCAACCAUACAUCUUCGUACAUGGAAACGCGUCAAUAUCGUCCUAGCUUGACUUGGAGACUGCAAACUGUUGAGCAAGCUGAGAAAUAGGUCGUCCUUGAAAGGGACUUUGAACUAGAUCGGAAAAAAAUUGGGAAAUCAAAGCUCAAAAAAAUUUGAAAAUAGUGAUAUUUUCCCGGUAUUUUGCAACGGCAACCGAAUAUAGUAGGUAGGUAACUAAGUUUCCGAUAUUUUUGGUGUAAACAAGCUUUAUUAUGUUCAGCAGGGGAAUAAAGAAGCAAACCUUACUAGGGCAUGGUCUCCGCUCGACAACGAGUUGAGAAUUGAGACUUUGUGGGUGGAUAGGCCUAGGUGAGAGUACUCGGAAUCAAAAAUAAAAUUCUGCUAAACCCCACAGGCGGCUGAGGAAAAGCUCGUCGAAAUUUUUCCAGUGCGGAUAUGGCCGCGCUCGGAGCCUUCAGCUAGCAACUGGCGGCGUGGUGUAG